AUGAUCCUUCAUACAUCUGAAGAUACUAGAGGAUUGCUCUCAGAGGAAAAAAGCCAUGGUGAUGACGAUAGAAAUUGUCCUCAUUGCGGAAAUACAUCUCCCAAGUUAAAACCUUCAGGGAGAUUGCGAUCAUGGACCAUGUUGAUCAUGAUAUACGGCAUUGUCGCCGCAUUCACUCUCAUUGGCAUGGUUACACUACUUUCCUCGAGUCGAAAUACCUUCCUCAGACUACCAGAAAUGAAAUCAAGUCACUGUCCAUCAUUGUGGACUCCCUUUGCAGAUGGGAUUCGGUACGAAAUCGAAACAGCUCCAUCUGAUCUUUGGGCAAAUAACAUUUACAUGGGAGAGCCAUGCGAUGAAUCAGAACGGGCAUGGAACAAUCUUAUACAUCCAAAUCGAGGACAUGGUGUUAGGCUUUACCGCGAGGAAGCUGCAAGGCUAGACAUUAACAAGAGUAUACUCUUACAGGACAACAACUUUGCUGUCAUUCUUACAGUUCAUCAUAAUCUUCACUGUCUGAGACGACUCCGACAGUCCCUUUUCCCAGAACAUUACUAUGCCAAUUGGACGGAUGAAGAUCGAGCAGAUGAUAGACAUCACCAAUUACAUUGUCUCGAAUCUCUUCGUUCCUCUAUGAUCUGUCAACCGGAUCUAGCACCUCUUCCCUACUAUUGGUCUGGUAAUAAAAGACACGAUAUGAAUGCAAGUCCACAAUCCAAACGUGAAUGUGUUAAUUGGGAUGUUUUUUCUGAAUACUUGAAAGGGAGGAGCUAUAAAAAGUCCGAGAUGAUUCAUGAUUGAUCUUGGGGAGUGUUAACUUUCAGUUGGGCUCAUGUAUACGAGUUAUUUAGUUAGUAUUUUUAGUCUUGACAAAACGAUAUAUAU